CAUCUACGCCACGCGCUUCCCCAUGUAACUUCACGCGCCACCACCCCCUGAAUUGCGGCCACCAACCCACUUCUCCUUUUGAGACAUUUUAUUAGUUUUUUACCUUAAUGUUUUCUACUUUCUUGUCUUCUAUAUCCGUACAUCUUUUUAUUCUUUCACUCGCACUCUCCUGAAUCCUCACUUCUCUCUCCUGCCACAUCCUCCACCGCUUGAACAAGCGGCGAAGCCACUUUCUUUCUUUGUUGGAGAGUGUAUGAAGAUCUGAGACUGUACUGAGGGGUGAGGUGGGGGGUGUAUUUAUGAUUCCAAGGCCUCGGAUGAGAAGAAGAUGGGCGGAGUCACCUCAUCGAUCGCCGCGAAGUUUGCUUUCUUCCCACCGAAUCCUCCUUCAUACAGGGUUGAGGCCGACGAGUCGUGUGGAGGCCGAUUGUACAUACCGGAGGUGCCGAGGAGGGACAACGUGGACGUGCUGAAGCUCCGGACUCGCCGCAACAACGAAAUCGUAGCUGUACAUAUCAAGCAUCCUAAGGCGUCUGCCACUCUCCUCUACUCUCAUGGAAAUGCCGCCGAUUUAGGCCAGAUGUUUGAGCUCUUCGUCGAAUUGAGCAAUCGCCUUCGCGUUAAUCUUAUGGGGUAUGAUUACUCUGGCUAUGGACAAUCAACUGGGAAGCCAACCGAGUACAAUACCUAUGCCGAUAUAGAUGCUGUAUAUAAAUGCCUCACAGAGCAGUAUGGGGUUAAAGAUGAACAAUUAAUAUUAUAUGGUCAGUCUGUUGGUAGUGGGCCCACUGUUGAUCUUGCUUCGCGCCUGCCAGACUUGAGAGCCGUUGUUCUACAUAGCCCAAUAUUGUCUGGAAUGAGGGUGUUGUACCCUCUCAAACGGACAUUCUGGUUCGACAUUUACAAAAAUAUUGACAAAAUUUGUAUGGUGAAGUGCCCUGUUCUCAUAAUUCAUGGAACAGCUGAUGAAGUUGUUGAUUGCUCCCAUGGGAAGCAGCUUUGGGAGCUCUGCAAGGAGAAGUAUGAACCUUUAUGGAUAAAUGGAGGUGGGCAUUGCAACCUUGAGCUUUAUCCUGAAUUCAUUAGACAUCUGAAAAAAUUUGUGCAGAGCCUAAGCAAAUCAAAAGAAGGCUCGAAUGCUUCUAAAACAACAAAAUCGGAAUCUGAUAAUCAGAAAAAACCUGCUGUUGAUGGAGCUUCGGAUACUUUUGAAUUGGGUGCUGACCUUCCAGAAGUCUCCAGAAACAGUUUAGAUAGUAGACUUGAGAAGUCGAAGAAACCAAAUAAGCCUGAAAAAUCUCGGAUGAGCACUGAUCGUGUCGAUAGGUUUAGGAGGAGAAAGGGCUUAGUUUGGUGAUUAGUCUCUGAAAUAAGUUAUGUAUAUUUGCCCUCCUGAUAAACAUUUUAUCAUUGUAACUUCGUUAUUUCCCUUUUUUAAUGUGGGGGAUAAAUCUGCUCCAAGUUUUCAGAUUUGAGUGUGAAACGUUGGAUAAAUAUAAUGUAUUUGUAUGAUACUCUGAAAAGAUUCAAGAUCAGCCGAUUCUUGCUUUUCAGUU